AUGGCAACCCAAGGCCCCCAAGCCCUUCCUCCAACAAUAGUGCACAGCACCACCUCAAUCACCCAGGCCCAGGCCCACGAGUUUCUAGCAGCCUACCUAGACCGUGCAGGCACAGACCCGUCCCUGCAACCAAACGCCAGCAUCAGCGAGCACGGCCCCGUCUCGCGCACAACCGCCGCAGCACCGAAUUUGAUCCUGCACAACCUGAAGCGUGUGCAGGCCGGUCUGGCCGGCGAACUUCUCGGUCGUGACUUGACGGUCGCUAAACAGAAUCCCGGCGAGGAUUACCUGGAUGUUGCGGCUGGUGCUGUGAAGAACCAGGAGGAGCAGGAGGAGGAUGGGGACUUCGUGAUGGAUGACGCUGAGUUUGGGGGUGAGGAUGCGGCGUUUGCGGAUCAGGAGGACGGGCUUGAUAAGGAGGCGCGCAAGCGCAAGAAGAAGGAGAGACGGCAAGCGGAGAAGAAGGCGGCUAAUGCUAAGGCUAAAGCUGAAGCUGAGGCUGAGGCUGAAAACUCGGAUUAG